AGCUAAUAAAUAUGUCCGCCGAGGCUCCUCCAUCCCCGCCCUGCCCCCACCACCGCCGUGCAGAAUGCACAGUUUUCAGAUGAUGAACCGCUAAAACAAUCAUUAGCGGAUGGAAACAGUUCCACUGUAAAAACCUCACACCGACUGAUCUGGAGGUUGCUUGCCGGCUCCUUUCCAAAUUAACUUUAAAACCACUCUUCCCUCAACCAAAAUGGUUUCUGUACAGCUUCGCCUUCUUCCAUCGCCACAGCAGUGGCCCGACUUCUAAGAUUCGGCAGCUUCCGGAGGGACUCAGAACCACCUAUAACUCUAGCCGACAGUUCAGCUGGCUGAUCCACUUGGGGGCUAACUGGAGAAACCAGUUGAUUGGUUGGUUCCGUGCUGCUUCUCUAAGAGCGCUUGCCCUUAAAGGAGCUGACCCAGAGGCCUUGGUGCUGCCCGCGUGGGGAUCCCCAGCUGGGAACGCCCCUUGAUGGAGGAUCUCGUGUGCCGAUUGGCUGUCCUGCCAAACCGCGGAUGGUGACAAGGAAGAAGGUGGCUCCAGAUCUGAAGGGCUGGCUCUCGCUUGCCAAGGCUCGCUACGCGAUGGGCGCCAAGUCCGUGGGGCCCCUGCAGUAUGCUUCCCACAUGGAGCCCCAGGUCUGCCUCCACGCCAGCGAGGCCCAGGAGGGACUCCAGAAGUUCAAGGUGGUGAGAGCUGGUGUCCACGCCCCAGAGGAGGUGGGGUCUCGCGAAGCAGCUCUGCGGAGACGCAAGGGCCCCACUAAGACCCCAGAACCAGAGUCCUCUGAGGCCCCUCAGGACCCCCUGAACUGGUUUGGAAUCCUAGUUCCUCACAGCCUACGUCAGGCUCAAGCAAGCUUCCGGGAUGGCCUGCAGCUGGCCGCAGACAUAGCCAGCCUCCAGAACCGCAUUGACUGGGGUCGAAGCCAGCUCCGGGGACUCCAAGAGAAACUCAAGCAGCUGGAGCCUGGGGCUGCCUGACAUGCGUGCACAGAGGCAGGGCAGGGACCACAGCUGUUCUCCAACAUGGCUACUUGAUCUCAGGCCUUCUUCCUUCACAAAUAGCCCUUGCCCCUACCCCACGCCAGCUAAUGCCCCCUCUGUGUCCCUGCUCUGCAUGUUUCCAUCUUCCUUAGGUGUGAAGUUUGAAGAGGCAAACAGUAAUUUUGAAAGCCACUACUUUGAAACCAUUCCAAGGCCUGAGUUCCUAUAGGACACACUCACAUAGGCAGGUACACAUUAGUCAACAAUUGGAACUGCCUCUUGGAUCACUCAGCUGUGCUUUCAUGGCUAGUUGACGGAACACUGUGCGAAGAGAGAUGGGUGUGGACAGGAAGUAGCGCUUCAUGCUUAGUACAUCCUCCAAAUUGUCUUUGCUGGAGGAGAAAACCGUACUCGGCCAAAAGAUCAGGACAAUAUGACUUGAGUCCACAAGGACACAAACACCUGGGCAGCCCUUGGCAGGGUCUAAGCCAGGAAGUAAAAACGAUCCGGCCUAGAUUUUUAAGGGAACUCUAGGAAGAGGUGUAGGUUUUAAAAAUCCUGUCUCUUUGUCUUACCAUAAGAGGCUGAGGCUCUCUUCAUUUUUUUGAAGGGCCACUUGUGUUUUCUGCUCUGGGAACUUCAUUCAUUUUUCUACUGGGUUGUUGAUCUUUGCAAUAAUUUCUAGGAGCUGUUUGUGUUUGGAGGUAAUUGGUCCUUUGUCCAUAUAUAUGAGAUGUAAGUCUUAUUUUCCAGUUUAUCUUUUUGCUUAUUUUUUUUGACUUUUUAUUGUAAAAUAAAACAUUACAUCAAACUGCACAGAACAGUUGAAUAGCUUAAUGAAUAACUACAGUAAAAGCUAUGGUAACCACUACCCAA